ACAAACUCCUACUCGUAGCCGAGCUCGAUGCCGCCGGAGGACUCGAUACGGCAGCGGCUCGAGAAGGCCGAGCAGGAGAACGCCGAGCUCAAGCGCUCGCUCUACGAGCUCUCGAUGCGGCUGAGCGCUGCCCUCGCCCGGCCCAGCGCGAACGCAGACGCGCCGGCGGCUGAGCGCAGCGCCGGCGAGCGGGCUGUGGACGAGUCGCAUGCCAUCGCCGCGGCGACGGCGAUGGCCGCAAGCUCGCGUGGCGACGGGUCGCCCUCGUCGCGCUCCGGCCACCACAAGCGCGGCAACGGCGGCGACGGCGGCAACGGCCGCGGGUUUGAGCCGCUGUUCGACCUCAACGGGCACAGCGGCGCCGUGUACGCCGUCCGGUUCUCGCCGACCGGCCGGCUCCUCGCGUCGGGAUCGUUCGACCACACGACGCGCCUGUGGAGCCGCGGCGGCGAGCCGGUCGCCACACUGCGCGGGCACAGCCACUCUGUGACGGACCUCUGCUUCUCUGCCGACUCGGCGGCGGUGCUCUCGGGCUCGUUCGACCACACGGCGCGGCUCUGGGACGUGGGCCGCUCGCAGUGCGUCUCCUGCUUCGACGUGGGCGGCGCCUUGGUCCUCUCCGUCGCCUGUCGCGGCGACCUCUGCUGGGCGGCCACCUCGAGCGGCGCGCUGCUGCAGUACGACCGGCGGCGGCGCGGCGAGCAGCCGUGCCUCUCCGUGCAGAACGAGAGCCUGCUGCAGGCGGUCGCCUCCGCCUCCGACGAGGAGGUGCUGACUGGCGACCGGAACGGGCUGCUCAAGGCGUGGGAUGUGCGCACCGGCCGCUGCAGCAGGCAGCAGCGCGUCGACGACUCGGGUGGGCCGGCGCGCCCGAUCUCGCACCUCGAGGUUUCGCCCGAGGCGUGGCGGGGUCACGACGGCGCGCGGCAGCGGCUGCUCGCCGCCAACAGCUACGACGACACCGUCCGGAUCCUCGCCGUGCCGGCGGCGGGCGGCGCGGCGGAGGGCGAGGCGGGCGGCGCGGCGGGCGGCGCGGCGGGCGGCGCGGCGGCGGCGGCGAGGCGGGACGGGGGAGGGGCGGGUGGCGAGGGGCGGCGGCGCUGGAGGCGUCUCUGCGAGCUGCGGGGCCACCGGAACCGCGCGUGGCCGAUCCGGUGCUCCUUCUCCGUCGGGGAGGCGUGCGCGAGGAUGCAGAGCGACGCCGACGACCCCCUCGACUCGCCCGCCCGCCCGCUCGCCCACGAGACGGCGCUGGUCGCGACGGGGAGCGCCGACGGCCGCGCCUACCUCUACUCGCUGAGCAGCGGCGCGGGCGGCGGGUACGCGCAGCGACGCCUCAACGGAGACGGCAGCACGUCGGGCGGCGGCGUGAGCCACGAGCUGGUGCAGGUGCUCGACGGGCACGCGGACCGGGUCUACGCGACCAGCUUCCACCCCCACGAGCCGCUGCUCGCCACGUGCAGCGCCGACUUUGUGGUCAAGGUGUGGCGUGGCCCGGGAUGAAGUGUGUCUGCUUUUUAUUUAUUGCAAGGGAGGGUUGGCUAUAAGGAAUAAGCCGGGGGGCGCGCGUUUUCUUUUCGCACAACACACACUCCAGUGCGCGCCAGAGAUGCCCAGUGUGGGUAAAGAAAGAAAGAAAG